CCACGCGUGCACCAGAGCAAGGCAGGUAGUGAGGACAAGAGACAGGAGCAAUGUCAUGGAAUAGCCAGGGUCAUCAACAGUCGGGCAGCACGGUAUAGAAUCAGAAGGAAAAGCCAAGGUCAGGAGCAGAGCCAAAGUCAAGAACCAGUAUCAGGAGAGCAAUCAAAGUCAGGUGAGGAACAAGCCGCCUGGCGCGAAUCUUCGCCAUGCAUGUGCGCGAUUGCGCAUUCCUGCGUGCAUGUGCAUUUCCGAUCGCGAUUCUUCUUGCCGGAAAUCCCUUAC